AUGCCGGCCGGUACAGAUGUCGCUUUGAGCCGGGGCGACAAAAUCUGUGAAAUUUGUGGCGAUGAAAUACGUAAAUCGGGUGGUAUUACGUGCGACGCAGAAAAUUGCAGUAUAUCUCUUCAUACAAAAUGUUUUGAGAAUAUCGCUAAGUUAUUCUUCACCGAAAGGAAAAAUUGGAGGUGCAAAGGUUGUACCACAAAGUGCAAGUCGACACCUAAUACUCCAGCGACUGACGUUAUAGUGCUUCGUCAUGAAGUAGAAUGCCUCAAUCGUGAGAAAGAGUUACUAGUGAACCUUAACAGUGAAUUAAAAUACAACAAUGAGCUCCUCAAGGAAAAAUUAUCAUUUACAAGCAGUGAAUCAUCAUCCUACGCUGCAAAAACAAGGGGACCAUUUCUUAACCAGGCAAACACAGGUACUGUUUCUUGUAGCACAGCCAAAAAAAGUCAAAAUCAACACAUACUACCAUCAGCUGGGAUUAUUGUUAAAUCGAACAAUAACUCGAUAUCUAAUACUGACGUGUUGAAUGAUAUUAAAAAUAAUAUUAACCCCAAGGAUCUUCAACUGUGUUUAAGUGGUAUCAAGAAAAUUCGCAAUGGUGUAGUUAUUUGCUGCGAUGAUGACAAAUCGUUGGGAAAACUAAAGGAACAUGUUUCUAGCAAAUUAGGAAGGAAAUAUGAAGUUAGUAAUACUAAGCUGUAUAAUCCCCGAAUUAUGGUUAAAAAUAUUCAGAUUCCUGAAAACUCCAGUGUCGCUGACAUUAUUGACAAUAUUUCAUCUAUUAAUGACCUUCAAGAUCUACAAAAUCGUGAAAUUAAAUUUGUAACGAAAUUAAACUACCCUAACGCUACACAUUUGGUACUUGAGGUGUCACCUGAGCUUCAGGCGAGAAACAACGAACUAGCGGAAAUGAUUUCUGAUAUAAAAGCGUUUAUCAAAAAGCUUGAGUUUUGGGAACAAACCGGCCAUAUUCCUGUUCUUUCAAAGAAGAUAUCUCAAAGUCCAUUGGAACCAUAUGACAAUACUUUGAACGAAGAAUUUCCAUAUGAUUUUAUAAAUUUACUACCAAAUCGAAAAGGCGCACCCAAAAACAUAAACCUACCUCCUUUGUAUGAAUCCCCUCUUCCUGUCAACGACAAAAAGAAGAAAAGCAUGGAAGAGCUUCUCCAAUUCAUACCACCAGUUCAUCACAGUUUUUUCAAGAAUCUGAAGACAGAUACCGGACGACUGCUUGUUACUGAAGAAGAAGAAGAAGGAGAAGGCAAACAGGCUCGAGAAUUUCCAGAAAUUCCACAACGUCGUUGGCUGAAAGCUGGAAGCAGGAACAAAUCCGAGGACGUUAGAUUUCAGGAACAGGUAGCAAUUACCUUGAACAAAGAGUGGGUGGUGAUAAUGUCCCAUUAA